AUGAUGCGGCUCAUUAUCGAGUACGCUUACACCAGGACAGUCCCGGUCACGGUGGACAACGUUCAGAGUUUGCUGGCCGCAGCCGACCAGUUCAAUGUCAUGGGCAUCGUCGGACUGUGCAGUGAGUUCUUAAAAUCCCAGCUCUGCUCCGAAAAUUGCAUCGGCAUCUGGAGAUUUGCCGAUUAUUGCUACUGCCCCGACCUGCGAGAAGCAGCCUGUGUCUUCAUCCUCCACCACUUUGAGGAGAUGAGCAGGCUGUCUACAGAGUUUCUAGACGUCUCUGUCAACGAGCUCAUGCACAUCCUGGAGAAGGACGAGCUCAACGUGAAACGAGAAGAGGCCGUGUUCGAGGCCAUCCUGAAAUGGAUCGAUCAUGCCCCGCAGGACAGGAGGCAGCACAUCGCCGUCUUGCUGAGCCAGGUUCGACUGGCACUGAUGCAAGCAGACUACUUCAUAAACAACGUCAAAACACACCGUUAUGUGAAGGACAACGAGGAAUGCAAAGUUCUCGUCAUAAACACGCUGACAGAAAUGUACAACCUCAAUAUGUACGGCCCAUCCUCUUCUGACUUCACCCAGCGCCUCACGCGGCCUCGCCUGCCCUACGCCGUCCUGUUUGCUAUCGGAGGCUGGAGCGUUGAGAGCCCAACCAACGCCAUUGAGAUCUACGACUCCCGUGCAGACCAGUGGGUGAACGUCACGUGUGAGCAAGAAAGCCCCCUCGCCUACCACGGCACGGCUUAUUUUAACGGCUUUGUCUACGUUGUUGGAGGAUUUGACAGCACGGAUUAUUUCAGCAGCGUCAA